AUGACUGCAGAUGUGGCGGUGUCAUUGUCGGUGCUCGCGGGGAUCGUAGGGCUGAGCGACGCGACCCGCAGGUUGUGCACCAGGACCCUCGCGGGCACCGGACUCUCCGUGUACGCGGUGGAGCUGGUAUCUACCUUCCAGCUAUGCUGCUGCACGCACGAGCUCAAGCUGCUGUCCGAGAUGGGUGGGAUCGAGCCUCGGCUUGCGCUUACUUUGACGUACCUAGCGUCCGUGGUCCACGGGCUCACCUUUAGCGGGGCCAUCGGCAACCCCUCCGGGGCACUCGAGCACGCGUACCACGCGAGGAUCCCACCCGGGUGCGCUCUGCGGCGGAUCGCGUGCCAGUUCGCCGCGGCCGUCGCUGCCCGAGCCACGGUGCCGGUGAUCUGGGGCUUGGGAUUGUCGGGGCUUCACGUGCGGCAUAAGAUGCUCGGGUACCAGUGCAUCAGCCCUAUUCACGCGCCGCUGCCCAAGGCCGCCGCUGUGGAGCUCGCGUGCGCCUUUGCGGUACAGACUGCUAUUACGCAUACGCGAUCGGUACGGGAGAAAUACCGCGUGCACGCCGUGGCUGCGGUCACCGCAGCAGUGGUUUAUGCAGGUGGCAGUCUGACGGGAGCAGUGUUCAACCCGGCCUUGGCUUUCUCCACACAGUUCCGCUGCAGUGGAAACUCCUUCCUGGAGUACUGCCUGGUCUAUUGGCUGGGCCCCCUGCUGGGUAUGAUGUGCUCAGUGCUGCUGUUUGACAAACUCGUCCCUCCGCUGUCAAGGAAACCACAGUCUCUCCAUCUGCCCCUGGAGACCAAGAAGAGGACCUAAGCAUUGCAAGGCAGUACUUCAUACCCAGAGUCCAUGUGGACAGACGUUAAUCUGCUGCUGAUUUCAGACAUCAGACGUUAGAAGAAGAAAACUGAAAUGCACUUUUUAAAAGAGACUUAAA